AUGGAUGCGGAAAUCUGCACAGCUGAUCGGACAAGGCCCGAGGGCCAGGUGUGGCGGAGAGCAGUACUGGUAGGAUAUCGUUAUCCACCCACCGAAAGGGGCUUCAUAUUACAAUCCUGGAGAAUUACCCCAAGGGGCCCCGUUCCUGAGCAACCCUACUAUGUAUACAACGGCCAAUCAAAAUGCGAAAGAGCGCAAGACAAGCGUCCAUGGGAGGGAGAGAGCAGGGUCAGCGAGGAAUUCGGUGACGACGAUAGCGGCCACUGGGGGGCAAGCGGAGCGAGGCGCCUGUUUGGGGCUUCUCAAAGCCCCGCGGAAGUUGUACUACGCGUGUGUGAUGCAAGCCAAACGCACCGUGUAGAUCGGAUGGGCAACCGCAUUACCCGGAUGGGAAGCAAUGGAGGGUUGCCGGGAAUCUCAGGGUCCAGCGUGGCUUUCAGCUUCUCGAUCGGCAAGGGCAUGGGCAAAUUGGGAAAAUUGGAUGCCAGUCUGUGGCUUUGCCGUCGCCAGGGCCUCGCUUUUCCCAUUCAUGAUUCAGAACAAGCAUUUCGGUCCGCGCUCACUGACGUAGUCGCCCCAACGCCCUAUGGUGCCCUGCUGUUCCCCUUGCCCGGGAGGACCCUAACAUUGGCAGGGCCCAAUUCAGGGUCUAGCAGCACUCUGUCGUGGCCCAGACUCCACCGCCCUGAACAUACUGUAGUAGCAGAUGGAACCCCAAAUCUUGUCGAGCUUGUGAUGCAGACGCUGACGUCGGUGGAUGCGUGGAGAAACAAAGAUUCGUUCCAUGACGUGAUUUUUGUCGGUUGUGCCUUUGCCCCGGGGAACCGCGGUUUCGCGGGCCCAGCCGUGCCACGCUCUGCCCCCUCUCGCGUUCUCGACCAAUCUCGACCCGCCUUCCCCUGUGGCGGUGUCUGCUCGCGCCACACCUAG